UUUUGUCCUGGGGAUCGGCUUCUUCACGCUGUGCUUCCUGAUGACCUCUCUGGGAGGCCAGUUCUCUGCCCGGCGCCUGGGGGACUCACCCUUCACCAUCCGCACAGAAGUGCUGGGUGGCGCCGAGUCCCGUGGCGUCCUUCGCAAGAUGAGCGACCUGCUGGAGCUGAUGGUGAAGCGCGUGGACAUGCUGGCUCGGCUGGAGAACAGCAGCGAGCUGCACCGGGCGGCUGGUGACACGCGCCUCGCGGCAGACAGGUUCUCCCCUGGGGCUGGCCUCAUGGAGCGGAUCCAGGCCAUCGCCCAGAAUGUCUCUGACAUUGCCGUGAAGGUGGACCAGAUCCUGCGCCACAGUCUGCUCCUGCACAGCAAGGUGUCUGAGGGCCGACAGGAUCAGUGUGAGGCUCCCAGCGACCCCAAGUUCCCUGACUGCCCUGGGAAGGUGGAGUGGAUGCGCGCCCGCUGGACCUCGGACCCCUGCUACGCCUUCUUCGGGGUGGAUGGCACCGAGUGCUCUUUCCUCAUCUACCUCAGCGAGGUUGAGUGGUUCUGCCCCCCGCUGCCCUGGAGGAACAAGACAAGGGCUCAGAUGGCCCCCAAGGCCCUCCCCAGAGUCCAGACAGUUUUCCGGAGCAACCUCUCCCACCUCCUGGAGCUGAUGGGCAGCGGGAAGGAGUCGUUGAUCUUCAUGAAGAAGAGGACCAAGCGGCUCACGUCCCAGUGGGCGACAGCUGCCCGGCGCCUGGCACAGAAACUGGGGGACAUCCGGAGGGAGCAGAAGCAGAUCCUCGUGCACAUCGGCUUCCUGACGGAGGAGUCCGGGGACGUGUUCAGCCCGCGGGUGCUGAAGGGCGGGCCCCUGGGGGAGAUGGUGCAGUGGGCCGACAUCCUGGCUGCUCUCUACGUCCUGGGCCACAGCCUGAGGGUCACCGUGUCCCUGAAGGAGUUGCAGAGUAACUUAGGGGUGCCGCCAGGUCGGGGGAACUGCCCACUCACCAUGCCCCUGCCUUUCGACCUCAUCUACACUGACUACCACGGCCUGCAGCAGAUGAAGCAGCACAUGGGACUGUCCUUCAAGAAGUACCGGUGCCGAAUCAGGGUCAUUGACACCUUCGGGACGGAACCUGCAUAUAACCACGAGGAGUACGCCACGCUGCACGGAUACCGGACCAACUGGGGCUACUGGAACCUCAACCCCAAGCAGUUUAUGACCAUGUUCCCUCACACCCCGGACAACUCCUUCAUGGGCUUCGUGUCCGAGGAGCUCAACGAGACGGAGAAGCAGCUCAUCAAAGGCGGCAAAGCCAGCAACAUGGCCGUAGUGUACGGCAAGGAGGCGAGUAUCUGGAAGGGGAAGGAGAAGUUCCUGGCCAUCCUGAACAAGUACAUGGAGAUCCACGGCACCGUGUACUAUGAGAGCCAGCGGCCCCCCGAGGUCCCAGCCUUCGUGAAGAACCACGGCCUCCUGCCACAGCCUGAGUUCCAGCAGCUGCUUCGCAAAGCCAAACUCUUCAUAGGGUUUGGCUUCCCCUACGAGGGCCCGGCGCCGCUGGAGGCCAUUGCCAACGGCUGCGUCUUCCUGCAGUCCCGGUUCAGCCCGCCGCACAGCUCCCUCAACCACGAGUUCUUCCGGGGCAAGCCCACCUCCAGGGAGGUGUUCUCCCAGCAUCCCUACGCCGAGAACUUCAUCGGCAAACCCCACGUGUGGACUGUGGACUACAACAACUCAGAGGAGUUUGAGGCAGCCAUCAAGACCAUCAUGAAAACCCAGGUAGACCCCUACCUGCCCUAUGAGUAUACCUGUGAGGGGAUGCUGGAGCGGAUCCACGCCUACAUUCAGCACCAGGACUUCUGUGCAGCCCCAGGCCCCACCCUACCAGGUGCCCACGCAGCCCAGAGCCCCUUUGUCCUGGCCCCCAACGCCACCCACCUGGAAUGGGCUCGCAACGCCAGCUUGGCCCCUGGGGCCUGGCCCCCCACUCGCUCCCUGCGGGCCUGGCUGGCCGCCCCUGGAAGGGCCUGCACCGAUGCCUGCCUGGACCACGGCCUGAUCUGUGAGCCUUCCUUCUUCCCCUUCCUCAACAGCCGGGACGCCUUCCUCAAGCUGCAGGUGCCCUGUGACAGCACAGAGUGGGAGAUGCACCACCUGUACCCAGCCCUGGCGCAGCCUGGCCAGGAGUGCUACUUGCAGAAGGAGCCCCUCCUCUUCAGCUGUGCCGGUGCCAGCACCAAGUACCAGCGGCUCUGCCCGUGCCGCGACUUCCGCAAGGGCCAGGUGGCCUUGUGCCAGGGCUGCCUGUGAGAUCCCGGAAGCCACACUGCCUGGCGCCCAGGCCAGCCUGCCAUGCGGGAGAAAGCACCAGCAGAUUCCCGGGUCCGACCACCCAAGCGUGCACCGCGACGCCUCUAGCUGGAGCUUCCUUCCAGGGCCAGGAAGUGGGCAGAGGAGAGCCGAGCCCAGGGUUGGGAGGCAGCGACCUCCAGCCCAGGACCCCGCAUGGGCAGCUCCUUGUUCUCACCUCGGAUGCACAGCCCAGCAGCAAAGGGUCGGAGUCCCUUUGCUUUGUUCAAGGCGAGCUUGGAACCACAUAGAGAAAGGGCCGGGGCCUCCUCAUCUGCAGGAUGGGGAGCAGCACCAUGGUGCCCUGGGCCCCACUGCAGGGCCCAGGAAUGGAGCCUGGGCCACACUCGCUUUUCAGGGUGCCCUCUUCCUGAGAGGGCAGCCACGCACACGGGACCAGCUGUGUCCCUCUGGAACGGAUUAGGGGAUGGACGGAGGGGCAGAGGUGACCCUGCCAUGCCUCCUUGGCCCCAUCCUGCCCUCCCUUUGUCCCUCCUGAUUUCCCCAUCCCUCCUCUCUGCGCUUGGACCCCUCCCGCGUCCGGCUGGACUGUCUCUCUCCUGCCUGUUCCAACGCCCUUCUCUUCCGGCAUCUCUCAGAACCCAUCCUGCCAAGACCUGCAAUUGCGGAUGCUGGGUUUGUCUGUGCAGCCUCAGUCCCUCUCCCCCAACCCCCAAGGCCAGUUUCCACCCUCUGACUACAGGUUCCGGGGCCCCUCCACCCACACCCAGAGCCCUGUCUGAUUCCAUGGGUCAGGCCUGCAGAAACACUCCCACCCCUGCUUGGUGAGGCCGGGCCUGACCCUCAGCCCUCCCAGGGAGGCCGAGGGCCCGGAGCUGGGCCCUGCCGUGGGGCUGAAGGUACACAGAUCCCUUGCUGGCCUGGCGGGUGGCCGCUGCCCCCACGGAGCCCUCAGCUGCAGGAAACAGCAGCUCCCACGUACCUGACCUGUCGGGGGAAAGCAAUAGAGACACUCAUUUCUCUUUCUCUCUCUCUUUUUUUUUAAAGAUUUAUUUCUUGAAAUAAUAAAUAUUUUAUU